AUGUCUUUUGCUGCGAAGCAGAGAUUACAAGCUCUAAGCCAGCAGCUAGCGGAAGGUAUUCCAAGUGAGGGCACCUUUGAGGACAUUCCCCGGAUACGGCAUGUCGCAGGUGAUUCUAGAGGACCGAGAGUUCAAGGAAAGGUGGUCAUAGUGACUGGUAUGAAGCUAGAAGAUACAGUCGCCACUAAAUCUUACAUUGACACAGGUGGCAACAGUCCAACCGGCAUUGGUCGAGCAGCGGCGCAUCAGUUUGCUCACAAUGGUGCUCGCGCCGUCUACCUCUGCGAUUACGCCUCCAGCCACCUCGAAACCCACAAGCGCGAGCUCCGACAGCUCUAUCCUGCGGUUGACAUCCAUGUAAAGCAAUUCGACGCAGGGAACGAGGAAGCAGUGAAAGCUGUGGUGGACGAAGUUGUCUCAGGAUACGGUAGGCUGGACAUCAUGUUUGCCAACCAUGGGAUCGCCGGAACACCUGCUGUGUACACGCAGAUAACAGCCGAUAAUUUCAUGAAUACCUUCAAGACAAACGCUCUUGGUGUUUUCUUGUGCGCCAAAUAUGCGGCUAUAGCCAUGCAGAAGACAAGCAAGGAGAAGCCAUAUCCCAGUGGAAGCAUUGUCUGCACAGCCAGCGUGGCAGGUCUGAGAUCGAAUGCAGGCUCGACAGAUUACUCGGCUAGCAAGGCAGCUGUAAUCUCAAUAGCUCAGACAAUGUCAUACCAACUCACAGGCACUGGCGUAAGGAUAAACGCCAUCUGUCCUGGUCUUAUCGAGACAGGCAUGACGUUGGCAAUGUAUGAGGCUGCUAGAGACAAGGGAACUGAGAAGAAGAUCGGACAACUAAAUCCAACCCGACGAGGUGCAGUGGCCGACGAAGUCGCACGAGUAGCGUUAUUCCUUGGAAGUGACGAGGCGAGCUAUGUCAAUGGGCAAGCCUGGGCGGUUUGUGGAGGAUUGAGCGCUGGACAUCCUGCAGUUCCUGGAAAGUUGGCCUGA